AUGGCAAACAAGCAAAUAUAUUCUGCCACAUACUCCAAUGUGCCAGUAUUCGAGUUUGUAACGUCAGAAGGUCCCAUAAUGAGAAGAAAAUCUGAUUCUUGGAUAAAUGCAACGCAUAUAUUAAAAAUAGCACGCUUUCCCAAAGCUAAGAGGACUAGAAUUUUAGAGAAAGAUGUACAAACUGGUAUACACGAGAAGGUUCAAGGUGGAUACGGUAAAUACCAAGGUACAUAUGUGCCAUUGGACAUCGGCGCCUCAAUCGCUAAAAAUUUUGAUGUAUUUGAUGUUCUACGGCCAAUCUUUGAAUUCAAGUAUAUCGAAGGUAAGUCGGAAACUCCACCCCCAGCGCCGAAGCAUAGUCACGCAUCAGCCUCUAAUGUUGCAAGAAGGCAAUCAAGUUUCACACAACCGGCCAGAAAGGCAAAAAGUAUGAAUUCGAUAACCGGUGAACCUCCCAGGAAACGAGGCAGGCCUAGGAGAAUCCCUCUAAAAACCCUGCAACCGAGUCUCAAUCACUCGGAUACCGUUCCAAUAGAUAACAAUCCAAAUAGUGGUCCGAACAUAGGGACUUUUAAAAGAUCUGAUUCUCUCUCGAGCCUGCAGAAUAAUCAUCACCCAUCUUUGUCACGACAGGAUACGCAGCAGGAUGCUUUAAUAAUAUCAAGUAAUUUAAACAUAACCGGACAAGACUUGCAAGUAGUUGAAUCAGAUGAUGAAAGGGAUAUAAAGGAUUCACCAAGUGAGUUGAUGAGUGGUAAAGAACUCUUCGGAACCCCCAGAGACUCCUUUGAAAGGAUAGUACAAUCGCAUCAUCAACAUGAUCCAUAUGGUCUUCUGCAGUAUCAGAAUGCACCACCGUCAAACAGCUUGUCUAAGGGGGAACUGAUUUAUAAUGAAUAUUUUUCAAGUCUUUUAACUUAUUUCUUAGAUGACAACAAGAUACGAUCAAGCAGUAUUCCAGACUACAUAUUAAACCCACCUUUGCCAGUUGCAUCAAUAAAUGUCAAUCGACCAAUUGAUAAUGAUGGAAAUACCAUAUUCCACUGGGCGUGUUCAAUGGCUAGUGUUUCAAUAAUUGAAUUUUUGAUGGAAACUUUCAACAUAAAGCCAGAUUUAAGAAAUAAUAAGGGAGAAACACCAUUAAUGUUUUUGGUAAAAUUCAGCAAUUCGUAUCAACUUAAAAACUUCCUGACUUUGCUAGAACUACUCCUUGACUCAAUCUUAUUAGUAGAUAACUCAGGUAAGACCGUCUUACAUCAUAUUGCAUUGAUUGAUAACAAAAAUAAGGAAAAAUUCGCCCGUUAUUACAUGGAAACUCUAUUUUCGAAGAUUAUUGAAUUACUGGAUGAUGAUGACCUUCCAGAUAAAAAAGACUUGAUCGUGAAAUUUAUUAAUCAUCAAGAUUCAGAUGGAAAUACUGCUUUCCAUAUAGUCGCUUACCACUUGAAUAAAAAGUGCAUCAAGGUCCUCAUUAGCUAUCACAAAUUUAUUGAUUUCACCUUAAAAAACUUGGUAUCUUACACCGUUGAGGAUUAUUUGGGUUGGCAUAAUUAUAUUUUAAGGUUGGAUGAUGAGUAUCAAGCGGAUGAAGGUUUCCAAAAUUUGGCGGGAAAGAAUCAGAGUACUCAAAGUCUUGAAAGUCAAUUAUACUAUUCAAAAUUGGCCACGAAUCUACACAAUAACACAUCUAAUAUAAUAACGGAAAAAUUAACUGAGUUGGCGUAUUCUGUUGACAAAGAAUUAAAUGAAAAGGAUGAGAUGAUCUUUAAUUAUCAUAAAAUUUUGAAGGAGGUAGACGGACGAAAGUUAAAGUCUCAAAAAGCUAUACUUUCUUUUUUCAAGUUGGAGUACUUAGUAGAAGAAUAUGAAACUUCUUUAAACAGUUCAUCUCCCUAUGACGCUGCCUUUAGUCGCAAACGAAGUAAAUUGAUCCAAGAUGAAAUACACAAGGUCCUUGAUGAUUUAAGCUUUCAAACUUUGCUCAAGAAGGAUGUUCUAGAUGAGAAGCUAGCUGAAUACACCCAGGUUAACGAAGUUAUUCAAAGAAAAAGACUACAACAGCUGGCUUCUCAGUUCCAAGAGGCGGUUCUGCCGAAUGAGAACGAUGAUCCUUUCGAUUUAUCCGUUGAGUUAACCAAAGAAAUAAUACGGCGACAGCAAUUGGUCAAGGACCUCUAUCUGCGCCAAGCUGAUGUGCCACUCUCCAACGACGAGUUUAAGGAGAACAAAUUCGAUCCUUCAGUCGAAUCGAAGUCCAUCGUAGCCAAUUAUCCCAAAGAUGAUAAACUCAACAAAUAUUGUAAAUUAAUCUCACUAUGUUGCGGCAUGGGUGUCACCGAGGUCGAGAACUCUAUAGACCUCCUUGAACAGUCACUAAUGACUUCUACAGAUUAA